CAGUACAGACAUGACCUUUAUGUAGUAUCUGAUAGGCAUAAAGGUCUUAUAAAGGCUGUUUCUGAAAUCUUGCCACAUGCUAGCCAUGGUUUUUGUGUUGCUCAUCUGCGUCGUAACAUGACACACAAAUUUAGAGGAUCUGCAGCUACUUUGGGAUGGAAAUUCAAAGCUGCCUAUAUGGCAGCAACUGUUAAAGAAUAUGAUGACUACUUAUCCAUGUUGGAUUCUGAAAACUCCAGGAUAAGGACUUGGCUAGACAAAAUAGGUGCUAACACAUGGUCAAAAGUAAUUUCUGGACCAAAGAUAUAUAAUAUUAUGACCUCCAAUUGUGCUGAGUCUAUGAACAAAGUCAAUGUAUGUGCAAGAGAGUAUUCAGUCUCUAAACUUGUUGAUUUUUUGCAUGAAAGGAUGCAACAAUGGUUCACAGAGAGGAAAGAUAAAGCUGAGAAAACAAGUACUAUACUCACACGGAAAUGUGAGAAACGUCUUGUAGCUUUGCAAGCUGAAGCUACACGUAUGAAGGUGAAACCAUCAUGCGCAUAUGAAUUUGAAGUUGUUGAUAGCAGAUGCACGUCCUUUGUGGUCAAUCUCAACUCUAGAAGUUGUACUUGUGGCCACUUUCAACUAGAUCAUUUUGUUUGUGUUCAUGCUGUUGCUGCAAUUGCUAUACGCCCACAUCUGUCAUGUUAUACUUACAUUUCUCCUUUUUAUACUAGAGAUGCUUGGCUUGCUACAUGGUCUGGUAUUAUGCAUCCAAUUGUUGAUCGUGACAGUUGGUCUGUUCCUGCUACUAUUCAAAACCAACUAUGCAAGCCACCAACUUGUAUGAAGCGUCCUCCUGGUCGCCCGAAGAAAUCCAGGAUUCCAUCCAUUGGAGAAUAUAGAGGUUCAAAAAGACAAAAAUGUUCUAGAUGCCAUGUGCUUGGCCAUAAUAAGAAAACUUGUAGGAAUCCCAUUCCAAUCAAUACCCAGUGAUACCCAUGGCUAAUUCAUUGUAUUUUGUCUUUUGUUUUUAUAAAGUACUUUUAAGAAUUCUAUUAUGUGGUUUGGACACAGUUAUCAUUUGUUUAAAUGUUCUGCCAUUUAGUUUUCAGGCCUUGUGUUUUGGCAUUUUGUUUACUCGUAACUGACAUAUGUCAGAUUUGAUGGCAAUUUCUGUUCACAAUUGAUGACAGUUUGUUA